AUGCUCCAGUUAUUUAACAAUGAUCAAUGUGCGGCUUUCGAGAGGAUUGUUAGCAAUUUGGAGAAUCCUAGUUUAAACUAUACCAAUUUUUACAUCCAAGGCCCCGGUGGUACUGGAAAGACUUUUUUAUAUCAUACUCUGUAUUCAUCUAAAUACCCAAGAGCAUUCGCUGAUCUCAUUGUCUGGGACGAGGUUCCCAUGACGAACCGCUAUAUCUUUGAGGCAGUGGACCGUACUCUCCGCGAUAUCAUCAAACACAGGGAUUCCCUCUUUGGCAGCAUCCUAUUUGUGCUUAGCGGUGAUUUUGCACAAACCUUACUGAUUAUCAUUAUGGUCCCUCGGUCACAGUUAUUGCAAAGUUUAAAAGUGCUUACAUUCCAUCAAAAUAUGUGGCUGCAAGGAACUGGAAUCAAUACUAUCUUUGCUCAAUGGUUAGGCCGUAUAUCUUAUGAUCCAGCUUUGCAAGGCAGUAUUGAGCUGCCAGCCAUGAUACCACAAGUAGUAAACGAGACUGAACUUUCUUCAGGGUCAAAUCCUGAUUUCUUGGCCAGUCGAGCCAUUCUUGCAGUCCGCAACGUGGAUUUGAAAGAUCUCAGUAAGUCUUUGUUAGCCGUGCUGCCAGGCGAACUGAAGACUCUUUAUUCGGUCGAUAAGGCUGAUAUAGAUGGGGAUAGCAAUGACGGCCGUGAAGAGUUUUCCCAUAAGUUUUUACAAAUGAUUGAGCCGAAUAGAUUGCCACCCUCCAUCUUUACGACACAAGGUUGGGGCGCCAAUUAUGUUGAUUAUAAGGAAAGACUUUGCAAUGACACUCGCUUGGUCAUGAUUGGCUUAACUAAGCAUAUUAUUCAUGCCCGAAUCCUUACCGGCGACCACAAAGGCGAAGAGAUACUGAUCCCCUAUAUAACACUGGAAUCCUUACCAACCGAAGUGCCUUUCCAUCUCAGCCGUUGCCAGUUCCCAGUCAAACUGUGUUUUUCAAUCACUAUCAAUAAGUCGCAAGGCCAAUCUUUAGAGACUGUGGACAUCACUGAGCCUACCCACGCACUCAAACAAUCCCGCCUACUGCCUGAGCGAAGCGAGGGCGGAAAGCUUGUCUGA